AUGGCAGUAGCUAGUUCAGAAAGUCGACCAGAAAUUGCUCGUUUACCUGCUCAAAGUACUGCAUCUGAGAAUCCUUAUGAACCACCAGAUAAUUUCUUAGAAGUUGAAGUUGUCAAUCCAAUAACUCAUGGUUUAGCUGGUAAUAGAUAUACUGAUUAUGAAGUUCGAAUGAAAACUAAAUUGCCUGUAUUUCGAUUAAAAGAUUCUACUGUACGUCGUCGUUAUUCUGAAUUCGAAUGGUUACAUAAAGAACUUGAACGAGAUAGUAAAAUUGUUGUACCAGCAUUACCAGGUAAAGCAUGGCAACGACAAAUACCUGCAUUUCUUCGUAAAAAUGAUGGUAUAUUUGAUGAUGAUUUUAUUGAGGAAAGACGUAAGGGGCUUGAAGAAUUUAUUAUUAAAGUUGCUGGUCAUCCAUUAGCACAGAAUGAACGUUCACUUCAUGUAUUUUUACAAGAAGAAAAAAUUGAUUAUGAUAAAUAUGUUCCAGGAAAAGUACGAAAUGCUUAA